AUGCCGGAGAGAAAAAUACGAGGCAACAGGUUUAGCCAUGUUCCGAGGAUGCCUCAGAUAUCGUUCACUGAUUGGAUACAAGGCAAUACAUCUAGGGAAUCCUUCAUGAACGAGAGCGUAGUACCGCCACCACCCAAUAACGUGUACCUCAACCUUCAAAAUGGUAACAUCAUAAUAUCAUGGUUACCUCCCUUCCCUGACGAAAAUAUUCUCGUGCGAGGUUACGUCAUUGAUGUUUUCUACAACAACACAAAACUUCAGUCGAUGCAAGUUGACCACGAAGAAAGCAGUGUUAUUAUUUACGGUGUAGAAAUGGGUGUAUUAUACAGGAUUUCUGUCAGGGCGAAUAAUAGGGCGGGUGAAAGUAUAGAUCAGUGGGAGGAGCUUAAGAUACCGGUAGAACAGGUCACCAAAGAACCGGUACAGAAUUUUAAGGGAGAAGCGUUAUCAUCAACUAAACUUGAACUAACAUGGGAUCCGCCCGAGUCCGGGGUGUUUUCAAGGUUUGUUCUCUCGUACACACUGGCUGGUAACCUGAAGCCGGAGUUACCCGGAGGCGGAAAUCUACCAGCGAGCUCUAGGAGCUACAUAGUAAGGUCAUUGAGGCCGUUUACGGGAUAUUUCUUCCAAAUUACACCGUUUCUUAAAGACAUACGAGGUGUGACGUCAAACACAACGGUGGUGACGUUGACUGAUAAGCCUAUGGCGCCACCUACAAAUAUUUCACUCACUGUACUGAAUGCGACAACUAUCCGGAUAAGAUGCUCUCCACCCGAGACCGGCAAAAAUGGACCAAUUAUACAGUACAGAGUAGCGUACCGUGAACGGGAUUUUAGAGAUAACAUUCUGACAGAUGCAGAUGACAACGAAGAAUUAGAUUAUUAUCUCAACGGUUUAGAACAAGCAACAGUGUAUGAGAUCAGGGUUCGAGCUCUCACAGUGAAUGGUUCCGGCCCUUGGUCGGCAUGGUUACAAGAAAAAACGGCUAAACGAUCAUUUGAAGUAAGCAGCUAUAUUGACAACCUUGAUAAAAAUAAAUCUUCUGGCAUUGAUGGAAUUGGUCCUAAUAUGUUAAAACUAUGUAAAGACUCUAUAACGAGAGCAAUAACUUCAAUUAUUAAUAAGAGUAUUUCACUAG